ACGGCUUAGCGCACCAUACGUCACGGAAUGUCGCGUUCACGGUGAGCCAAUCACAGAGCGGCGUCGCUCAGACUCUGGCCAAUCAGCUUCCGGAGGAGAGGUUUAACUCCUGGUUUAAAAGGUGUCAUGGAUAGAUCUAAAGAAAACUGCGCUUCUGGGCCCAUUAAGGCUUCAGUUCCCUUUGGUGACGGUCCGAAACGUGUCCUGGUGACCCAGCAGUUUCCUUCUCAGAACCCAGGAUCUGCAAGCACUGGCCAGGCCCAGCGGGUCCUGUGCCCUUCCAAUGCCACCCACCGAGGUCCUUCACAAGCACAAAAGCUCGUCUCCAGUCAGAAACCGGUACCCAAGCAGUUGCAGCCUGUCUCCCGGCUGAGUAACCCUCAGAAGAGCGAGCAGCCUGAAGCCUCUGGAAAUCCUGAAAAGGAACGAGCAUCCAAACAGAAAAGUGAAGACUCAAAAAAACGGCAGUGGACUUUGGAAGAUUUCGACAUUGGCCGGCCCCUGGGUAAAGGAAAGUUCGGUAAUGUUUAUUUGGCAAGGGAGAAGCAGAGCAAGUUUAUCCUGGCCCUGAAGGUGCUGUUUAAAGCCCAGCUGGAGAAAGCCGGGGUGGAGCACCAGCUCCGGAGAGAAGUGGAGAUCCAGUCCCACCUGCGGCACCCUAACAUUCUCAGGCUAUACGGCUAUUUCCAUGAUGCCACCAGAGUGUAUCUUAUUCUAGAAUAUGCACCCCUUGGCACGGUCUACAGAGAGCUCCAGAAACACUCCAAGUUUGACGAGCAGAGAACUGCCACUUAUAUCACUGAGUUGGCGAAUGCUCUGUCUUACUGUCAUUCGAAGAGAGUCAUCCAUAGAGACAUCAAGCCUGAGAACCUGCUUCUUGGAUCAAACGGAGAACUGAAGAUCGCAGACUUCGGGUGGUCUGUACAUGCGCCGUCUUCCAGGAGAACCACGCUGUGUGGCACCCUGGACUACCUGCCCCCUGAGAUGAUCGAAGGCCGCAUGCAUGAUGAGAAGGUGGACCUCUGGAGCCUGGGCGUCCUCUGCUAUGAGUUCCUGGUUGGGAUGCCCCCUUUUGAGGCGCAGACGCAUCAGGAGACAUACAAAAGGAUAUCACGGGUUGAAUUCACAUUCCCUGACUUUGUGACAGAGGGAGCCAGGGACCUCAUUUCAAGACUGUUAAAGCAUAAUGCAAGCCAGAGGCUAACACUAGCAGAGGUCCUUGAACACCCCUGGGUAACAGCAAAUUCAUCAAAGCCACCGACAUGCCAAAAAAGCAAAUUGUCAUAGGAAAUCCUGAGGACCACCCCACAAUUUUUGGGAACAUGCCACUGAGACGUCCCAAGCUGUCAUCAGCACCCUCAGCCACUGCACUGCACAGGCAGCUCGGCCUGCUGUACAGAAAGCCCUUCCUUAGCACAUGUGGCUUUACCCGGGCCCCCAGAAACAAUGUACUUUCACUAAUCUGGAGGCAAGUUUGCCUGCAGCUGUCCCCACAGCCUAUGCUGGGCAAGUUGGCCAUGUGGGAGAUGAGUCUCAUUGUGGGGAAAGUUGCCACUUGACCCUGCUUCCCCAGUGAUUGCCUGUGUUGUAGACUUCAAGUGCUACGUGUGCGUGUAAUUUAUUGGGUUGCCAGGGCUGGGAAAGCUGUAAAAAUGUGGUUUUCUUUUAAAUGUUAAAAUAAAGAUAUGGUUUUCUUUUAAAUUGUUAAAUGAAGAGUUAUAUGAACUCUGUUUUUCCUUCAGUGGUGAUCUCCAAUGUUUCGCAUCCUAAAGUCUGACUGGGAUUCUCAUUCUCUGUGUAUAGGAACAUGUGCUCUACCUCUGUCUUGACUUGAUUGGGACAUGGAAGACACCCAGUGUCUCAGCUGUAUCUAAAUGUCAAGGACCCUUAUGUUGGAAUUAUGUCAUGUGCAAACUUGUUAAAUAUAUAAAUUCAUCUAUC